UGUGAGGUGCUCGUUUGGAAUGUUCAUAGUGUAAAUAAUAUUAUUUGCUGGAAGACACGUUUGCCUCAGGUAUUUCAAACAAUGAUCAUCAGUUGAUAUUGUGAUCUUUUGUUUAUACUUGUACAUUUCUAAGGAAUUUAAAAGGUCUGACAUUGUUUACCCUAAAUAGCGUAGAAUUGAUUGGUCUAUCUUUCGUUCGCAUUUCCCGCUAUUUACCAGUGCGCGCAAGGCGCCAGUAAAAACCGCCAAAAUUAAAGCGUUCCCAGUCUGAAAUCCACGUUUCUAAGGUUUGAUACCAAACAUGGCGAAUAAAAUGGAAAGAAAAUGGAAGAUAAAGGCYAAUUAUUCACGUGAAACACGAGUCGUCGCCAGCGAUUUCACCGUCAAGUAAGUGUUUUCAAAUUGUACGAUUUCUAGUACCAAAAAGAACGCUGUUUAUCGUCUUCAAAAUAACUGAAUACCGCACAUUCCACCCCACUGCUCGCCCCUCUUUCCAUCAAGCCUCCAAGAUGGAAGGAACAUCAAAUAAACGCMCCGCGGUACGGAUUGGACUAAGGCAUUUAUUACGGCAAAACACAUCGAAAACAAACAAGACCACAACUUCAUUUGUUUUGACAUUGUGGAAUUCUAUCCAUCAAUAACUAAAGAUUUACUGACAAAAGCGCUCGAUUUUGCAUCCAACCAUGACGUGAUCACAACCGACGAGAGGAAAAUUAUAAUACAAGCCAAAAAUUCUCUGCUGACUCACAACCACCAACUAUGGCAAAAGAAAAACCCUACGCCUUUCGACGUAACCAUGGGAAGCUUCGACGGCGCUGAAACAUGUGAACUAGUAGGGUGCUACCUUCUAUGUAAACUCAACGCAAAGUGCAACAUCAACGUUGGUUUAUACCGUGACGAUGGCUUAGCUGCUAUCAACGCAUCGCCUAGACAAACAGAGAAGAUCAAGAAAUCCAUAUGCGAGAUCUUUAAAGCAGAAGGCUUGACAAUAAYCAUCGAGGCCAACAAGUCCACAGUGAACUUCCUAGACGUCACCUUCAAUCUCCAAGACAGCUCUUACAGGCYCUAUACCAAACCUAAUGCCAACCUGCUGUACGUUCACAAGGACAGUAACCACCCCCCCACAGGCACAUCGGCAAUCCCUUCAGGAAUAAAUAGACGAUUAUCCUCUAUAUCCUCCGACGAAGCAGCAUUUAACUCCGAAGCACCACCUUACCAGCAAGCCCUAGACKCAAGCGGAUACAACUACACUCUAAAGUUCCAGCCACCCACUCCCAGACAAGACCGCAAAAAUAGACCCCGUAAAGGCAUYUUGUGGUACAACCCUCCCUACAGCAAAAGCGUAUCCACCAACUUAGGCAAGAAAUUCCUCCAACUCGUAGAGAGAUGUUUCCCUGUAGGACACGCCAUGAGGAAAAUAUUCAACAAGAACACCAUCAAACUCAGCUACAGUUGCGUCAGUAACAUGAAGCRGAUCAUCGACAAUCGGAACAAGACACAUCUUCAACCACCCGCUCGAGAAACCACUAGCRAAACAAAAACYUGYAACUGCCGAAGAAAGACAGAGUGCCCGAUGAACGGAUCGUGCUUGGAAUCAUCAGUCAUCUAUCAAGCCACCGUCACACGCGACGACAAUGGAAAACGCGAGACGUACGUAGGCCUUACCGAGAACCAGUUCAAGACAAGAUAUAACAACCACAAGGCCUCUUUCCGCCACCGGCGACUCAUGAACGCUACAGAGCUCAGCAAGUACGUGUGGUCACUCAAGGACAAUAACAUUCCCUACAAAAUCGCGUGGCGCAUAAUAGCCCAUGCUAAGCCUUACUCGAGCUUCAACAAAAGAUGUAAUUUAUGUUUAACCGAGAAGUUCAUUAUAAUUUGUWAGCCGCACUUAUGUUCACUGAACAAAAGAAACGAGCUAGUUUCCGCGUGCAGGCACAAACAUAAGGCAUUACAAUGUGGCGCGUGUAGUAUAAAUACCGUGUAA